AUGAUGAGGUACCGAAGUCGGCCCGGCGACACCAAUCAGAGCCCAUGCGAGAUCCAUAGCUCGUCGUUCAGCCGAAGCGGUGGUAAGAAUUCGACGGUGGAGUUUUGGCUUUCAAAGUGUCCGGGCCGAGAUGUGGCCCUCUGUUACUGUGAGUGCACCACUCAAUGGUCCUAUCGUAUGUGGCAUGCCACGCUGAAAUGCUACGAAACACGCGUCCGUCCUGAUGAAAGAAAAGAAGGAACGCACAUAAAUAGUACUCCUGCAAGUGAAGUAUCUGAGCAAAGAAUAAGGGCCAAAUUCAAUUCCUUUUUCUUGAAGCACUUUAAGACAACAUAUGCAUAUUUGGAGAAGAACAAAAAUCCCAAAAAAAUGCAUGCCGUCAUUCGCAGGACUGUUCCUACAGGGCCUAAUCCUCUCCAUCAUUAA